CGCGGCGCGUAUUCCGUACUUAUUUGUGCCGAGCCUCGCGAUUUAAUCUCCUUAAGUCCGUGGUGACUGGUGAGGCUGUCGCUCGAUUAUAUCACUCGGCCUCAUGGAUGGCAGACAAGCGAACGGCCACUCCAGCAGCAGCAACUCAAUGGCGAGUGCCAAUGUGAGCUCCAGGUCGAGCGCGAGGUGGGAGGAGGAGCGAUUCCCGGACAUUGUGGUGGGGAUUGAUUUUGGAAUGACGUGCACUGGCGUCGCAUACACGAUCGGACCGGAAUGGGGCCCUCCGAAGACAAUCCAGCGCUGGCCUGGCAAACUGCUCAGCGAACUCGCGAACAAAGUCCCGACAAUGCUGCUCUACGAGCCGGAUGGAAAGACAGUCAAGGAAUGGGGAUUCGGCUGCGACUCCGCGGACGACGGCGCCGAUAUCAAGGAAUUCUUCAAGCUGCACCUGGCAGUGCAGUCCGAGGGCGAUGGGCCGGGCAUCAGCAAACAGGAAGCGAGACGGUGGUUCAAGGAUUACAUCGCGUCGAUCUACAGGCACGUCGUGACACAUUUCGGCAAUACAAUCCCCGGGUUCGAGCGCAUGCGCGUGGAGUUCAUCUUUAGCGUGCCGACGACGUGGAAAGACGUGCGCAUGAUCGAGGAGAUACGCACCCUUAUCAAUGCGGCCAUUGGAGGGCCGCAUCAUUGGGCUUGUAUAGGGCUGACCGAGGCCGAGGCGGCGGCGGUUUAUGCUUGUCGCGACUACUACCGGACAAGUGAUAUCGUGCUGGUUUGCGACUCGGGGGGUGGGACGACGGAUGUGAACGUCCUGAAACUGGCAUCAGACCGCGGGCAGCCACUUCAGCUGGAGCAGCUGGGGAAUGUCGAAGGACGCCCGAUCGGAUCCGUCUUCAUCGACCGUGCAAUCUACAAAAUCAUCGUCGAGCGCCUAUCGAAAGUGAAAGACGAGCUGACGCAGACCCCGGAACAUAUCGCCUGGAAGAUGCUCUCCGGCCCCUUCCAACGACUCAAAUGCGCGUACGGCACUGAAGCAACGAAGACGCCGAGUCUGACCUUGGAGGUUCCCAGCUUGAAAAUCCUAGGGGCUGAUCUUCCGACUGCAGGAAUUUAUUCCGGACAGAUGCGGCUUCAAUGGGAGUACAUGAAGCACGCCUUCGACAAGAAGAUAGGAGAGAUGUGCCACUUACUCGAUGGCCAGAUACAGCAGAUGGAUACAAAGUAUCCGCACACUCGAAUAUCAUAUCUCGUGCUAUCCGGUGGCUUCGGGAGUUCACCAUACGUCAGGGAGUGCCUGCACCAGCGAUACGCCAUCCCAGGCGUAGCAAAGCACCCGAACGUAAUGGGCCUACAAGUCCUCAUGGUCGAAGAACCUCAACUCGCCGUCGUGCACGGGCUCGUCCUCGACCGCAUACAGCAGCUCAGGCAAGGAGUCGUGAUGUUCGGCUCGCGCUGCUCCCCUGUAAGCUAUGGCAUUAUCUGCGACCUUCUCUACGACCCGGUUAAACAUUUGGGUGAGAAGGUCCGUCGGGAUCCACGCGACGAUAAUCUCUACGCGAUUGACCAGGUGGAGUGGUUGAUCAUUCAGGGCACCGCGGUCCCUCAUACUGGAAUAUCCAAAGACUUCCAGCUGAAAAUGAAACCCGGCGAAGAGGAUUUGCCAUGGAAAGUGCACAUCGUGAUGUCGUCGAAUCCGCCGUACCAGCUCCCCCAGAGCUUGGGAGGUAAGGGCGUGCAGCAUGUCUGCAGCCUGGACAUCAACACCGACAAUGUGGACCGAAAGAUGAAGAACAGACGAUGGUUCAAUAUGCGGCCGCGGUAUUGGCGGGCGAACUUUGAUGUCAAGGUCGUUGUGGGGGCGGCAGACCUCACGUUCCAGCUGUGGUCGAAGGACCAGAGGAUCAGGAGUGGUGGGCAUGAGCCGAUUCGAGUGCAGUGGAUGCCUGCGGAGGAUGUGAAUGGGAUGGUAAUUAAUUGAUUGGACUCUAAUAUCGGGUACUCUCCAUAUGGAGACCACUUCCAUGUAGAAUAUCAAUUUAAUAAAUAUUAACAUCUUAGUUCACAGGGCAUUGGGUAGUUACUUUAGCUCCGAUGAAUGCU